AAACCAUUUACCAACACGACAACCAGAACCAAGCACGCUUUGCAACACUCCCACCUGGUGUAGCCCGGAAAUAUUUACGUGCUGAAAUCCCAAGUUUUGAGCCCUAAAACUCGCGUCUGAUGAAUGGAAGCGAACACCAGAUAACGUUUAGCCGACAGUGAACAAUGCGCAAGAGUCCUACAGGCCCCCAUCACCGUUCGUAGUUAAACCGCCAAACGACGCCUCCUGCCGCACUACAUAAUGUUCUAUCUACGUCGAUGGUUCAGCCAGGAGCUGGCUCCGGCCACCCACGGUGAUUUCCUCGGAUGCUUGCAGCAGGCUCCUAGCUUGUUGGCCAACGGAUUCAGUGGAGCACCCGCCCUGGAGAGCCUCACGUGGUUACACAAUCUUGCUCCGUGCUUCCCGCUGCGCGGCGACCAGAUCAGAGUCAUCCAUGAGCCUCAACAAUUCUACGAUACUCUGGUCCAGCGCAUAGCCCACGCCAAGCGCCGGAUCGUCUUGGCCAGUCUCUACUUGGGAACCGGUCAGUUGGAAAACGCGAUGGUGCAAAAGUUGCGUCAUAGUCUGAAGUCUGAAUCCUCCUUGAGGCUCAAUGUGCUCUUGGAUUUCACCCGUGGGACUCGUGGAGCCCACAACUCCAAGACAAUGCUACUGCCUUUAGUGCGCGACUUUGCCAGCCAGGUGCAACUCUCCCUCUACCACACUCCUGAUUUGCGUGGCAUGACGAAACGGCUGGCGCCUCCUCGUUGGAACGAGCUCUUCGGGCUGCAGCACAUGAAGGUUUACCUCUUCGACGAUGCGGUGAUUAUAUCCGGAGCGAAUCUGUCCAACGAUUACUUUACCAACCGCCAGGAUCGCUACAUACUCAUCGAGGACAAGCCGUUGGCCGAUUUUUAUGCCCAGUUUAUAGAGAGAGUGCAGGAAUUUAGUUUGGCGGUUGCGCCAGAUUCCAGCGAAGGGCUGCACCGAAACUGGAAAAUACUGCCGUACGAGGGUACCAAAGAUCAGUUUAUUCAGUUGGCCAAGCAACGCAUUGCGGACUUUGUGCAAGAGACCUUUCAGCGACAAGCGCGUGUCAGAGAGCAAAAUCCACAGGCAGAUACAUGGGUGUUUCCGCUGCUGGAGAUGGGGCAAAUAGGAAUACAUCACGACAGCGUGGUGACGAAACGAUUGCUCUCCAAUUGCGUGGCAGGAUCAAGGCUCAAGCUGGCCACGGGUUACUUCAAUCUGACGCAGGAGUAUAUGGACACCAUAACGCACAAGUGUCUGGCACAAUGCAGCAUCCUGAUGGCUCACCCAAAUGCGAACGGUUUCCAGGGCGCCAAGGGAGUAGCUGGAGGCAUUCCGGCAGCCUACACCUUGAUAGCCAAGAGCUUUUACGAGAGUUUGGUGCGCCGGCAACAGAAUCACCGCGUCAACUUCUUCGAGUACGAAAAACCCGGCUGGACAUACCACGCCAAAGGCUUGUGGUACUACCUCCCCGAGGCGCGGCUUCCAAACCUCACUCUGAUUGGCUCCUCGAACUUUGGCGAGCGGUCUGUCAAUCGAGAUCUGGAGACCCAGGUAUGCCUGGUGACGGCUAACAAGGAUCUGAGCCAGCGGCUGCAGGCCGAGGCAGACCGGUUGUACGACCUGGCGCAGACGGCGGAACGGGAGAUUGUCCUGCGACCAGUGCCUCGCUGGGUUCAGGCCGUUGUCCGCAUAUUCAGGAAUUUUUUCUAGGCUUGUCGAUAUAAUAGUUCAAUUUUUUUCGUUUUUGUUAAGGCCCAAUCCCAAAUAGUUACUGUAGUUCUUAACUCUUGUUUAAUAAUUGCCCUGGGCAAGUGAGUGUUUCUAUUAUCCGUAAACGUUGCUUUUGUACACAGGCUAGAGUUUGUUACUAAAUAAAUAAAAUUUCCAAAAAAGU